ACGUUUAUGCUCUUUUUAUGGCCGUGAUUAGACUUCAAACAAUGAUGUUCAAAAACAGUAAUGCGUUCUAGUUAAGGUCAUUUAUCCUGAUGGGGUAAUGUCUUAAUGAUGUGAUCAAUAAAGUUGCAUGAUGCUAUUAGAUUAUUGAUCCUGCCAAGUGCCACCAUGAUAAAUAUGUAUAUUGGAUUUAUAACCUUUUUCCAUCUCUUAUUAUAGUUAAGGUCAUUUAUCCUGAUGGGUAAUGUCUUAAUGAUGUGAUCAAUAAAGUUGCAUGAUGCUAUUAGAUUAUUGAUCCUGCCAAGUGCAUCUCUUAUUACAGUACCUAAAUGGAUGAAUGCAGCAAAAACCCAUCCAUAAUAGAAAGUCUCAUUUACUAAAAAAAACAAAAUAAUAAGAGAAUAAUAUUCAUUUUUGCAUCUUUGUGGAAGUAUUCUUCUUACACAUUCAUUUUUUCGGUCCCGUGAAGAUUCCCUCUUGCAAACCUAAUUAUUUCUGUGUAUGAACGAAGCCAUAUUAUAUUAUAUUAAAAUUUAAGAUUAUAAUUAAAUAUAAUGUGUUGUUUCAAAAAAAAAAAAAAAAAAAAUUAAAUAUAAUGUGUAUAAGAAUGUACGUACUUAGACACUAUUCCGCGUUACUGACAUGAAUAAAAUUAAUCGGCCCUGUUAUGAGCGGGAAAAGAAUUCAAGAUAUUGAAGAAUCCGAUGGAAAAAGAUGAACCACACGAUCUUUGUCUCUUUUUGACUCUGACGAUAAUGUUCAUGAUCAUAAGUGUUUUGGAUUUAAUAAGAAAAUAAAGUGAUCACGUUACAAAUGUAUUCAACAGCCUUUUUCAAUUAUUGCAACAAAAAAAAAACUCAAAAUAAUUGGUACGGAUAAAUUCAUAUGAACAGCAACAAAAUAUUUUAAAAAAAGAAACUCAGACUUCUCAGGUGUGAAACCAAGCACAAAAGUACAAAGGGAGAUAAAGUGAACAGUGUCAGAAAACUUUUAUUGACGUAAAAACGAGUUUGGAAAGAUGGCGGUAUGAGAGACGUUGGAUCUGUCAGAGUGAUAAUCCGACGGUGGAGGUAGCACCGUAGCAGCAGCUUCUGAUUUUGAUACUGCGGGAGGGAACUAAAGUGGUUAAGUAGGAUUCAGAACUUUCGUGGCGACUGUUCGUUUUGAUCGAGGUCAACUAGCUUUGGAGCUAGUUUCUUUUUACAGACGUCGAAACAAAAGGCUCGUUUCUAGCAAGUGCAAGAAAACAUUCGUUUAUUAUUUUAAAAAUUCUUUCAAAAACGUUUAGAAAAUUAGUAUAGACCUUCCUAAGAUUUGUGAAAAUAUUUAAAGUUUAUUCAAUAACUUUGAUUAAAAAAGGUAUUAAGGAUGAUAAAACAUGAACGAUUUAAAACGUUUCCAACAAACAAAGACCAGGUGGUUGGGCCGUUGUAGUUACAGAACAAACGACGCAAACUAAAAACAAAGAAGUUGACCUUAUCUUGGGCCUUUGUCCAAACUAAAAGAUGCCCCCAAGGAUAUAACAGGUAACAGAAACCAACAGAGUGGAGAAAGCAUAACCAAAAGAAAAGAAUAAAGGAGGCAACCUUUUUUAGUUAAGUUAACGACCGUUACACCUUAACUGAACUCUCCUCAUACACAAAACCUAUCUAUCUUUUAUUCUUCUUCUCUUCACAUCACUUUCCUUCCUCUCUCUCUCUCGGUUUAUACUUGUAUACCUACACUCAUUGGCUCAACACGCAUGGAGAACGGUGUGAACAUGUUUGGGAAGAGCGAGUCCUCAAGAUCAGCACUGACUAGGCUGCAGAGGCAAGCACCAACAUCUCUGAAUCUUGUCUGUGUUCCCCAGAAUCACUUCUUACAGCAAUCUUGUGAUGCGGUUGAAACCACAGCUAUUCCUCUGCUUCCAUCUCUCUUUGUUUCUCCAAAUCUGCACUCUUCUUCUCCUCCUAGACAAGAGGACAAUAUCAGGUUUCAUGUUGGUUUUACAGAGAAGAACGGUUCCCCGGACGACAAGGAAAGCUGGCAAUAUUCUGCCAAGGCCUAACAUAGCAACCAAAUUGCUCUCUUAGAUACGUUUCAGACCAAACUCGUGCUUGUAGAUCUCAUUCCCAAUGAGAAUCUGAGUCCUUACGAAUCGCCUUGAUGUUUAAAAAUAAACACAU